GUCAACAAGGAGGAUUUGGAAAAACAUCCUAUUGGGAGAUUAACAAGGACAGAGCCCCGGUCCUUCUCUGUGCAUGUGUGAGUGCUUUUGCGUGCAGGAGAGAAAGAAAAAAGGAAAGAAAGAGAGAGAGAGAGGGAGGGACAGACAGACAGGACAUCCCAGCGUGUGACAGAUGGAGGAGGGAGGUGGGGGUGAGGAGCCUGGUAGGAGGCUGGCAUGUUUUCCCAUCUAAACCGGUGACAAAGUGGCGAGCAGCGUCUCCCCGGAGCAGAGGAGAUCACAGCCGCCGCACGGAGACGGACGUGGAGCGGGAGGAGAGCCGAGCGCCGCGCAGCCUGCAGCCGCCAGAGCCACAGCAUCGGGGCGGGGAUCAGAACCGGGCCACGUCGGAGGGAGCGACGUUUUCUUCUUCUUUUUUUUCAACCCCCUCCCUUUUUAAACCCGGUGAACGGGCAGCGAUCUUGACUCUGUGCCCCUGCUGUGAUUUGACGGUAGGGCGCGUCGUCUGCCGCACUUCCUUCCUACUCCUCCUCCGGAUCGGCAGAGAUGGGCGUGACUUCUCCCCCGCUGCUGCUGAUAUGCGUAUACCUGACGGCGGUCGGCCGGGCGCGCUCCGAGGGCGUCUGCCUCCAGGAUGGCAAGCACAAGGCCGCGCCCAGCGCGGAGCCACGCCUGUCCGAGUGCGGGCUUUACCGCGACAACAGCUGCUGCACUGAGGGAGACAUCCAGGAUAUUGCCUAUGUUCCAUCUGACAGCAAUAAGAACGAACCCUGGGACAAAUGUGGCCCUCUGAGCUCAGAGUGCGAGGGCUAUCUGAAGCGCGUGUCGUGCUUUUACCGCUGCUCCCCUGACGCCUCCCGCUGGCCUCAUCCUCACCGCCGCUCGUACAUCCAGGCGGUGCCGCUCUGCCACAGCUUCUGCCGUGACUGGUUCGAUGCCUGCAGGACGGACAUGACGUGUGCUCGCAACUGGGCCAGAGACCCCCGGGGCCAGAACUGCACCGGGACCUGCGUUCAGUAUCAGCAGAUGUAUCAGCACGGCAGGGAUCUCUGCGAGAGCCUGUGGGGCGACGCCUUCAUGACGGUGGAGGACGACCAGCAGGAGGCGGGAGAGAACGGGGCGGAGGGCCGACCCUGCGGCUGCCUCACCCUCAGCCCCUCGGACAAGGACGUGAUCGCGGCGCUGCGGGCCCAGCAGGACGACCCGGAGGAGCUGGACACCACCAAGGCCGGCCUGCCGCAGUACCGGGCUCCCUGCCAGGCCAAGAUGCCGGCGCCGGCCAAGAGCGGCCGGAGGGCGAACUCCGUCCUGCGGAAACGCUCGGUGGAGAUCGACGACGUGGAGGGGAGCGGGAGCGGUCUGUAGGUCCUGUUCGGUAAAGCCGUGUCACUUAGUGUCCGAUGCGUAAUGCUAAAUAAAAGGCCUAACUUUGUCCCUCUAAAAUAAAAAAACAACAACAAAAAUGACCACAUGGGCGUACAUAUUGACAGCGGCGGGUCAGGGGCCGCCGGAGAUCCAGGAAUAAAAAGAACUAAGUUUGUGAGAAAAAAAACUCUGAAAUUUUGAGAUCAAGCUCAGAAAAUUUCUAGAAAAAAAAAAAAAAAACUUUGACAUUUCGGAGCUCCAGAAGUUUGACAUUUGUGUGGAGACUUUUUUUUCUUUUUUAGACAUAUUUAGGUUAUUUUCACAUAUUCUAGAAAAAAAAAAACGAUGUCUCUGAUUUAGCAAAGUCGAAAUGUUUUUUCACAAGUCCAAAAUGUUUGACCUUUCGAGCCCAGAAAACUCCCAAGUUUUUCCUCCAAAACAAUGGAUUCUUUUUUCCUCACAAAUUUUUGACUUUUCAAGCGCCAAAAUUUCCCUGUAACUUCUGAGUUUAAUGUGAACGUUUCCUUUUUUUUUUCCUUCUGGCAAAUCUUUUGGCUUUUUGAGCUCAGAAAUUGUUUUACGCUUCUUCCUAUAACAUUUCUGAGAUGAAUCUAAUAAUGUGAGUUCUGUCUCGCAAAUUUACUCUUUUUUCUCGUUUCUGUCUCUACGAUGACCCUGAGAAGCCUCCGUAGAUACCUUUAGGGAUGAAAGGCGAACGUCAAAAUACUGCAAAUGCUUUGGCGUCGUCGACAAGUUGUUGGGCAACCAGCCGUGUUCUGCAUAGAAACAGCAUCACAACAUCUGUAGGGAUCCAACGUGUCGUCCUUCUACAUCAGGUCGUUUCCCCUAUAAACGUGUUGAAAGCAUAAUUUCCCAGCCUAUGAAUCUCCGUUCUUCUGUUCUGUGCAGUCUCCUCGUCAUUCAGUAGUAGAAACACUUAGCGCGAUCAUUAUUAUGAAUGUAAUCUAAUGUUUUCUCUUCUUUCUUCCGGCCUGAUCGUGGGCAGGUAGUUGGGAUGCGCUUGGCGGCGUUUGCGCCACACAGAGCCGGCGCUGGUAGCUUCACCACUGAUGUUCUUGCGAGUCCUUUCUUUUAUAAUUCUGUGUGGAGUAAACGUACCGUUAGCUGUAAAUGUUUUGUAAAAAAGAAAAUCUGGUUGGUCUGGCGUACGGUGAGCUUGUUGAAAUUGGUGUUUUUGUGUUGUUCUCUUUACGUCCUCAAUAAAGACGACCAUUGUAAGGAA